UACCCGCAUUAAAAGAUGGCGCCACAAACUGUAUCGUAAUGAAGUUGGAGUUCUAACCUAAAAAUUAUAAACAAUAUUUUUUUUUAUUGAAUUAAUGUAAAAUGCACGAAGAUAAAUGCAGCGUUUGCUUAAAAAGUGCAUCAAAAAUCGUUGCGGUUGAAGAAUUUGGUUUAGAUAACAUUAAAUAUAUCGAAAAAUUGGUUGAUUUAAUCCCGGAGAUUAGUUGGAAUAGCACUCAUUAUUUGUGCUUAAAAUGUUGUGGUACCCUCAAUGAGUCCUACGAGUUUAAAAAGCUUUGUUUAAAAUCGCUAGAAAAUAAUGAAUUAAGUGACUCAGAAUCAUCAAAAAUUAACCAGGAGGAGAUAGUUGAAGACAAUGAAUUAAUUUGUUAUCAUUGUGAGGGUGUUUUCACGUCGAAAUUAAUUUUAACGAUCAAAAACAACACUUGUAAAAUAACUUAACCUCAAUUAAUUUUUUUAUCACAAUUUUUAAUUUCGAUUAUUUGUAACAAUAAACAAUAUUCUUUUGGGUACGAAUUCAACGAAAUUAACGAUUUUGUUGAAUAUUAACGUUUUUAAACAAUUAAUUUUAAUUAAAUCGUUUUAAAUAAACAAACUUCUUACCCGCAUUAAAAGAUGGCGCCACAAACUGUAUCGUAAUGAAGUUGGAGUUCUAACCUAAAAAUUAUAAACAAUAUUUUUUUUUAUUGAAUUAAUGUAAAAUGCACGAAGAUAAAUGCAGCGUUUGCUUAAAAAGUGCAUCAAAAAUCGUUGCGGUUGAAGAAUUUGGUUUAGAUAACAUUAAAUAUAUCGAAAAAUUGGUUGAUUUAAUCCCGGAGAUUAGUUGGAAUAGCACUCAUUAUUUGUGCUUAAAAUGUUGUGGUACCCUCAAUGAGUCCUACGAGUUUAAAAAGCUUUGUUUAAAAUCACUAGAAAAUAACGAAUUAAGUGACUCAGAAUCAUCAAAAAUUAACCAGGAGGAGAUAAUUGAAGACAAUGAAUUAAUUUGUUAUCAUUGUGAGGGUGUCUUCACCUCAAAAUUACUUUUAACUGAACAUAUUGAUCAAAAACACAACAUAACCAAGACUUGCAAAAUCUGUGGGGGUAGAUUUAGCGAUCAAAUAUCAUUACAACAACAUUUAGAUGACACCCACAACAUUGGGGAGACUAAACAGUGCCCAAAAUGCUUAAAAAUCCUCCCAACAAGUAAAUUAAUGAAGAUUCAUUAUUUGGGGUGUAAAAACAAGCAAAAAAAAUCGAAAUCAAAGUCAUCAUACACUUGUACAAUGUGUAAAAACGUCUUUUUAACGAAAUAUUUAUUAAAUCGGCACAUUAAAAACGUCCACGUGAAUGAGAAAUUAUUCGAUUGUGAUGUUUGUGGUCAAAAAUUUGCAAGCCAAGUUUAUUUGAGUGCUCAUAAAAUGUAUCAUAGCGGGGAGCGUCCUCAUAUGUGUUUGUAUUGCGGGAAAAGUUUCAUAACGAAAAGUGAUUUGUCCCACCACGAAAAAAUCCACGCGAAUAAACGCGAUUAUAAAUGUUCCGAGUGUCCGAAAGCUUUUAAUAAUUCCUCCGAUUUGCAUAAACACCGAAUUUGCGUUCACUUCGAUAAAGAAAAGUGGAAAUACGUUUGCAACAUAUGCAACAAGAAGUUUCCGUUAAAAACGAACUUGGAUUCGCACACGAAAACGCAUACGGGCGAAAAAAAUUUCGGUUGUCACAUUUGCGAUCGAAAGUGUGUGAGCAAAUCGGUGUUGCAGAGACAUAUUGAGUCGCAUUCGAAUAUCCGGUUGUUUAAGUGUUCGGAGUGCGGGUUGGAAUAUAAGUAUCAAAGGAGUUUGGAUGUGCAUUUGGCGAAGGCGCAUGGGAUUGGGGAGGUUAAGUUGCCGGAGAGAGUUAAGAAACAUUUUUGUCAUAUUUGUCCGAAAAGUUAUUACGCUAAUAAUAAGUUGCAGAAACAUAUUCGAUCGCACACCGGGGAGAAACCGUUUCAGUGUUUAACUUGUGGAAAAGGGUUCAUUGAUAAAAGUUAUAUUAAGCAGCAUAUGAAGAUUGUUCAUGAAGUUAAUUUAAAUUGAAAAAUAAUUUGAAUUUUCAAAUAAAUAUUCAAAACGCCGAGGUCGCUUGCGGCCGAGGCGCUAGAGUUAAUAAACAUUGAUAUAAACCUGGUCAUUACUGCAAUAAAGCAUAAUAAGUAUUCAAAACUUUGAAGUUGGAA